AAUCUUUCUACCGUCGCUACAGAACGAAAUCUGCUACUAUUUCUACUCCGAUACUCGGCCUCGACCUUCCCGACAUAUGGACUCCUCCAAGCUGUACUCGGCCGCUCCUCCCUAAUCCAGAGACUGAUCUAGCCCAACUGCUACAAAGCAGCCUCAACCUCACUAAAGAGAAUGAAUGUCAAAAUCAUCUCAAAGCACUAAAAGAGCACUUGAAGGAAUGGUGUGCACAAACAGCCAAUGGCAAUUUAGUUAUUUUCACCAAUGGGAAAUGCGCCAACUGCAAAAGUGAUUGAUGGGAAUUCAAUUGCAGAAGAAAUAAGAUCAGAAAUAGCUGAUGAAGUGAGUAGAAUGAAGGAUGCCAUCGCAAAGGUUCCUGGCCUAGCUGUAAUCAUAGUGGGUCAAAGAAAGGACUCCCAGACUUACGUCCGCAAUAAAAUAAAAGCCUGUCAGGAAGUUGGAAUUGCGUCUCUAAUGGCAGAGUUUCCUGAGGAUAGUGCAGAAGAUGAAGUGGUUAGAGCUGUGGCAAGCUUCAAUGACAACCCAUCAGUUCAUGGUAUUCUUGUGCAACUUCCUCUACCCCAACAGCACAUGGACGAGGAGAAGAUUCUGAACACUGUCAGCCUAGAAAAAGAUGUCGAUGGAUUCCAUCCAUUGAACAUGGGCAAUCUUGCUAUGAGAGGUAGGGAGCCUCUAUUCAUUCCAUGCACCCCAAAAGGUUGCAUUGAGCUAUUGCUUCGGUCUGGUAUUGAAAUCAUGGGUAAAAAAGCUGUAGUGAUUGGGAGAAGCAAUAUCGUUGGAACACCUACUUCCUUGCUAUUACAGAGGCACCAUGCCACAGUCAGCGUCAUUCAUGCUUAUACAAGGAACCCGGAUGUGAUAGCCCGCGAAGCUGAUAUUGUGGUCUCAGCUGUAGGAGUGGCCAACCUUGUCCGUGGUGAUUGGUUAAAACCAGGGGCAGUUGUGAUUGAUGUGGGAAUAAAUCCAGUUGAGGACCCCAGCAGCAAGCAUGGGUACCACCUUACAGGAGAUGUAUGCUAUGAAGAGGCACUUCCAGUUGUCUCCGCUAUUACCCCAGUGCCUGGGGGAGUGGGUCCAAUGACGAUCGCGAUGCUUCUUUCGAAUACUCUCAACUCUGCCAAACGAGCAUUCAGAUUCAGUUAACGUCUUCAGUGGAAGAAUUUGGGUUCUGGCAACCAUCUUCUUUUAAAGUUGAUAUUGACUACAGUAUCCCCAGAGCUUCCCUUUCCAAUCAUCACCAUUGUAAAUUUCAAUCUUCUUUCACUGCCUAUGGGAAUUUCCCUUUUGUUGUGUUUUCCUUAAGGCUGGCUAUUUCAGUUUCUAUUCUUACCUACCUGGGAACCUUGUACAAACAUGAUUCAUUGCAUGUGGAUAUUGCCAAAAAGUCAUCUGGCUUCUACUGAA